UAUGAAAUAAUGUAUAGCUUUCAUUAGAUACCUAAUUUAUAAAAAGUGAUUUUAUCUGUAUUGUGAGAUCAUAUGUACUAAGUAAACAGUAACAUGUACGUUUAUGUUCAUUUAUUCAACUUACACAUUUACCUCACUGUUCUACUUACGUCAAGUGCAUCAAAUCCAGAAAAAGGAGAGAUAGUUGAUCACAAUCCAGACCAGGACUUUCGUUGCGAUGAUGGACACUACAUAGCAAGGAUAUUUGUUUGCGAUGGAAUACCAGACUGUGAUGAUAACUCAGAUGAGACGCGAGAUCAGUGUAGGAAUAUAUCAUGCAACGAUCAAACCUUUCAGUGCGGUUAUGGAGCUUGCAUUAGUAAGGAAUACUUAUGCGAUGGCCUUAAACAGUGCAUCGAUGGUUCCGAUGAAACACCACAAGCAUGUAAUACGACUCUUAUUCGCAAAUCAAACAGAAGCAAACGAGCAGCUGGUGAUUCGUGCCCUGAACCUCCGCCAUCUCUCGAUAAAGUCAUAACUUACAAUUGUGACGAAACCCCAUUAAAAUCUUGUGGUGUCCGAAACGGAUAUAAUGUUCCCAAAUUGACUGUCGCCACGAUCAAGUGUAAGCCGAAUUAUUAUCCAGAAAAAGAACCUUCGCCGUCUUUUUGCUAUAAUAAUAACUGGCAGCCUCCAUUUGAGAACUGUUUUAAGAAAUGCGAAAAAUUGAAUCCGGUGAAUAUUGACAUGAAAUGCUAUCGCAAAGGUGUGAAUAUUCCAUGUGACGAAAAUGCUCUGCUAGCAGGGAGUAAAAUUCGCCCUGUCUGCAAAGAAUUGCACAAAUACGGCGAUUUCGUUCCUGAUUACAGAGAAAUUACAUGCAAAGAGAAUGGAAAAUGGGAUAAGACAUUGUUCUCUUGCAUUCCUGAAUGUGGUCGACCAUAUACGAACCCCAAGAAAUUAAUUAAAGGCGGAGUUGAAGAAAGUAUAAGUGAUUCUCCUUGGCACGUUGCAAUCUAUAAUGCAAAGAAAGUUCUAAUUUGUGGUGGCACGAUCAUAAGUCCAUACAUAGUUUUAUCAGCUGCACACUGUUUCGAAGAAGAUAACAAACCCACCACAAACACCACCAAUUAUGAAGUGGUUGCCAGUAAAGUCAGCCGAAAUUAUUCUAUAAGAGAUAAUCGCAAUCAAAAGGUCUUCAAGAUAAAAGAAAUACAAUUUGCAGGAAAAGGUUACUUCGGGAACACAAAUUACAACACAGCCGAUAUAGUCGCACUCAUUUUGAAAGAAAAACUCGAUAUAAGUGCGACAGUUUUGCCAGCAUGCAUCGAUUGGACUGGCAGUGGUAGAAUAACGUAUCCUGAAGAAGAUACCCUGGGAAAAGUCUCAGGAUGGGGUAGGAUUGAACACGAAGGAAAGUAUAGUGAAAACUUAACGACUGUCAAUUUGCCUUUCAUCAGUCGGCAACGUUGCUAUGACAUCGUGCCAGAUGAUUUUAAACCAUUUAUAACUUUGGAUAAAUUCUGCGCUGGCAAAGAAGGUGGUGCUGGUGUACUGCAGGGAGAUAGUGGAGGAGGUUUUUUACUUCGAGAUGGUCCAUUUUACUACCUUCGAGGCAUUGUUAGCGUGAAGCGAAGCUCAGAAACUUCUAUAGCAGCGUUUACAGAUUUGACAGAUCAUAUCGAUUGGAUUCUACGGAUGCGAGAUGAAGUUAACAAUAAUAUAAUGUCACCUUCGAAAAAAAAUUCAUUGGAAACGUUAGGAAAACGUAUUUGCGAGGAUUACGAUGUUAAUAAUUGUAUGAAGAUUGAAGACUGUUUAAUGGCUGAUCAUCUUAUUAUAACCAGAAGAGCAAUAUUUUGUGGUCACGAUGCUGAUGGUACGGAAAAAAUAUGCUGUUCACUGCCAAACUCUACACAAUCGUUUUCAUCGUCAGAGCGCCAGGGUUUUGCAAAAGGAAUAUACCAUCACGUAUUGGAUCAUGACCACGCGUUUUCCGAAUCGAAUCCAAACGAAAAUUUUAUAGUGGACCCACUGAAUAUGGUGAAAAUAUUGGCUGCAAUUACACUGGGCAGUGCAAGGAAAACAGAAACAGAAUUAGUAAAUUCGUUUCACAACAAUAUUUUGACCUUCAAGAAUCAGAUCUACAGAGCAGAAGAAUCUCAUCAACAAUUGGCGAACUUGGCACACGAAGUGAAUACACAUAUGACAGACGAAGUUGCCUUAUUUUUACAAAAAGAAUAUUCAAUACAGCCAACAUUCAUUAAUCAAGUUAAACGUUUAUACAACGCUAAUGUCAUAAAAUUAGAUUAUAGAAACGGUGGUAAGGAAUCAGAAAUUGCUGUCAAUAAAUGGGUAUCCGAUCACAGCGCAAAUCAAAUCAAAGAAAUGACACAUUUGCCCAUCAACCAAUCAACUAUAUUUUUAGCAAUUGGUGUUUCAUAUUUAAAUAAUGGCGAUUGGGAAUAUCCAUUUUUGGAAACCAGACAGCAAUUAUUCUUCACGAAAGGGAAAAAUGGAGAAAACGUUGAUAUUCGAGUAGAAAUGAUGUUUGGUCGAGCACCGAUACCGUAUUAUGAAGACAAAGAGAUCGGCUAUCGAGCGAUCAUACUGCCAUAUAAAAAUAAAUCAAUGCACAUGUGCGUUAUGUUACCGACACAGAACGUGACGUUGAAAAAUCUUAGAAGGUGGCUACAACACUAUGAUUUCACAGGAUUUAUCGCAAAAGCAGAGGAAUCCAGAAUAUCCGAAGUUUCUUAUGCUAUACCAAAAAUGCACCUAGAAAUGUCGUAUAACAUGAAACCAGGAUUACAGUACUGGUACAUGGAACCUAUGUUCGAUCCAGUAAGAGCCGACUUCAGUAAAAUUACCGAUAAACAGAUACACGUCUCAGAAAUUUUGCAAAGAGUUGUAAUAGACGUAAAUGAGAAGGCUGGUGAUGCCACAACCAACGUAGGUACUACUAUUAGUCAUAUCAACAAUGAUAAAUACAUCAAUUUCACCUGUGACAGACCUUUUAUUUUUUUUAUUUACGAUGAUAAAACCAAGGUCAUAACGUUCUGGGGCACUGUUCUUAGACCGACCCCUUAUACAUAAUUUUUACUGUAAUUUACAUUGAAAAUUUCUAUUGAAUUUCAAGCAUUUAACCAUCUUAAUAUGAAAUUAGGUACUGUUUCUUUACUCUGAUAUGCGAUUGAUGAGAAAUUUAA